UCUCCCACUUCUGAAGGUACCCCCACAGAGGCCGGCGGGGACGCCGUCCGAGCGGGGGGCACCGCCCCCUCGCCCGCCCAGCAGCAGCGUGAAUGCGGCGACGCGGACUGUCAGGAGCCCCCAGAAAACCCCUGCGACUGUCACAGAGAUCCACCCCCCGAAACCCCAGACAUCAACCAGCUGCCGCCAUCCAUCCUGCUCAAGAUAUUUUCCAAUUUAUCCCUGGACGAGCGUUGCCUUUCUGCUUCAUUGGUUUGCAAGUACUGGCGUGACCUUUGUUUAGAUUUCCAGUUUUGGAAGCAGCUGGAUCUUAGUAGUCGUCAGCAGGUCACUGAUGAAUUAUUGGAAAAAAUUGCAUCAAGAAGUCAGAAUAUAAUUGAAAUCAACAUUUCUGAUUGUCGCAGUAUGUCUGAUACUGGCGUAUGUGUUCUAGCAUUUAAGUGUCCUGGACUUCUUAGGUAUACAGCCUACAGGUGUAAACAGCUUUCUGACACUUCUAUUAUUGCGGUUGCCUCUCACUGUCCUUUACUUCAGAAAGUUCAUGUAGGCAACCAGGACAAACUUACUGAUGAAGGACUCAAACAGCUGGGCUCAAAGUGCAGAGAACUCAAAGAUAUUCAUUUCGGCCAGUGUUACAAGAUCUCAGAUGAAGGCAUGAUCGUCAUAGCUAAGGGCUGUCUGAAAUUACAAAGAAUAUACAUGCAGGAAAACAAAUUAGUAACAGAUCAAUCAGUGAAAGCAUUUGCUGAGCAUUGUCCUGAACUCCAGUACGUUGGCUUCAUGGGUUGUUCAGUUACUUCUAAAGGAGUCAUUCACCUAACCAAGCUACGAAAUCUUUCCAGCUUGGACCUACGUCAUAUCACUGAACUGGAUAAUGAAACUGUGAUGGAAAUUGUCAAGAGGUGCAAAAAUCUUAGCUCUCUCAAUCUCUGUCUGAACUGGAUCAUAAAUGACAGGUGUGUGGAGGUCAUUGCAAAGGAAGGACAGAACCUGAAAGAGCUGUAUUUGGUGUCCUGUAAAAUCACAGAUUAUGCACUGAUAGCCAUUGGCCAGUACAGCAUGACCAUAGAGACCGUGGAUGUUGGAUGGUGUAAAGAAAUUACGGAUCAAGGAGCCACCCUGAUUGCGCAGAGCAGCAAAUCUCUGAGAUACUUGGGGCUGAUGCGAUGUGAUAAAGUCAAUGAAGUGACGGUGGAGCAGCUGGUGCAGCAGUACCCCCACAUCACCUUCAGCACCGUGCUGCAGGACUGCAAGAGGACCUUGGAGAGGGCCUACCAGAUGGGCUGGACCCCCAACAUGUCUGCCGCCUCCUCCUAACGCUCCUGCCCAUGCGGAGGGCCGCUCGGAUCAGUCAGCAGGGCGGACAGGAGUGGGAGACUUGGGGCAGGCGAUCCCUGGAGGGUUUUAACUGUUCCACGUGUGCGGGUGUACCUGCGUGUGUAUAUUUGUGUCUUGUUUGCAAACUGCAUAGCAUAAGCGCAAUUGCUAUUUGUUCCCAGGUGAGCUGGGGUAUUUUUUUUCUUAAAAAUUAAAGAUUUCGAAAGACACAGACCUUUUAGUUUUUAAGUUCAGAGACUUACUUCUCUAAAAAUUUUUUCUUUCUGUAGAACCUAAAAACAUUGGUCUAUUAUUUUGAGCUUCUAACUACUGCCUCUUGAAGAUGCCCCAAAAUAAAUGCAACUGCCUUGUCUUUUGAUGGGAUAGAAUCAUGCACUUCUGAUGAUCACCAGCCCAGAAGUGAUGUUGCACCAAUUGGAAGCCAGGAAGCCAGUUCCCUGCAAAAGUUCAAGCUCACACACACAGGCUCUCACACUCCCUCACAAACAUGCACACGUGCAUGUGUACACAACUCCAGGGCAGUUUCUUUCUAGAUCAUUUUCUGACAGAGGGGCCUUCCUCCAGGUCACUGAGGGAACAUGUCAUCCACUGCAGCUCUGCCUAACUUACUAUAUCCACAGGUGGCCAACUUGCCAUCGGAGGUGAUGUAGGGACUAGAGAAAAUAAAGCCUUCUGUGAGGUUUCUUUGUGGAGGCAAAUGAUCUGAACUCCCCUGACCAGCUCACAAAAGUUAAUUAUUCAUUAUCUUGCAAAUGUGUUCUGUUGAGUCCUGAAUAUUUCAGUGAAGUUUUAUGUUAACGUUGUGUUAGUUUUUAUUUCAUGGAUAGUAACUGGUCCAGAUAUAUUUUAAUGAUAUUUGGAGCUGACCUUAGCAUUCUCCACAUUAAAGGCACCAGUGUAAUUAAUAGUGUCCAGUUAUUUAAAAACAAUCCUACAGAUCAUUUAAUUAUUUUUGUUGAUUUUGGUAAUUAUGAACCUAUAUUUCUGAAAUUUGGAGGUAGUCACAUGGUAGAAGAUUAAUGAAUGAGAUGUAAGUAGACAAUCUUCCUAUUGCUUUUUUUCUUUCUUUUCUCUUUUUUUUCUUUGCUUUGAGCUUUAGAACAGGUUUUUGGAUAUAUGCAUGUUAUUUUUGAAUAGUUCUUGUGCUACUGCAAAGAUCUAUACUGGUUAAUGUAUGAGUUAAGAGGAAAAAUUAGAAAAUCUUUUCAUUAAGAUUCUGUUUACACUUGUCAGAAAUAAGCAUUUCUUUGUUAAAGAUUGUCAGCUUUCAGUUAAGACAAUAUAAGUAAAUGAAUAUGUGUUUUGAUUUCACACAUCUUUACAAUUAAUUCAUAGUAGGGACUCAGGCUCAAGUGAACUUUCCUGGGUCUAGAUUUAUAAUCAAGACCGCAGGGAGCCUUUUUAAGAAAAAGAGUGAUAAUCUUUCACAGUAGAGCUAGAUACAAAACCCUGACUUGUGAGUUUGCUAUUUAAUCUUCCCCAAUGUGGACAUAACUGAUUUUUUGGUCUUUAACAGGUAUACUAAGGUUUGAGUUUCACUUUCUGUAAGUCCCAAUAUUGCUAAAAAGAUACCAGCUGUAAGAAACAAAAUAUAGCUUUACACUCAAAUACCAUUCACUUAUUUAUAAUGACUCCUUUUUUGUAAACACCGUUUCCUUUGAUUAUGUCAACAUGUUUCUGAUGUGGCAUUUUUUUUUUUUGCUUUUAAUCCCAAUCAGUUAAGAAAAUCUACUUAGUAAGCACCAACGGUAUUUUUCCAUCACUAGAUAGGUUACUAAUUUAAUUUAAAAGGAAUACAAUUUGUGUAAGAAAAAACCCCACUUAUUAUUCAUAAAAGAGUUCUUGCACAUCAAAUAAUAUUGUUUUGCUAUUCAUUUCCACACCACUGAAAAAUAUUUUAAUUCACAAUAUUUUAACUGGUUUUUAAUCCAAAACUAAUUUAUAAGACAGUAUGUAUAGUAAUAGUAGCUUGAGUGAAUAAGCAAAAGUUUAAUUUUUAUAUACGUCACACUAUAUUUUAAAUAGUAAAAAAAAAAAAACAAAAGAAGGGAGAGCCAUUGAUAAUAUGGAUGGUGCCAUUUCAGUUCAAAGUUUUAAUCUUUAGAGUGUUAUAGUUUGGUUGUCAAAUGGUUUCAGAAGUGUAAACUUGAUUUUUCUUUAAUGUUGCAUUGUUUGAAUCUAAAAUACAGCACUAUAACACGCUUUAGCUUGGGGGGGGCGGGGUGGGGGCCUUGCACUUACUCUUUAAGAUGUUGACUAAUCCAGAAAGCCUGAUGCAAAAUAACCUGGAAAACUGCUUUGGUAUAUUUGUAGAAAUCUGUAGAAACAUCAUAUUCAGCCUCAAAGCAUUAAUCUCAAAAAAACAACCAGAAAAAAAAAAAGCAUCGCCGUGAGUGAUUCUGUGAUGGUUGUUGAAUGUGUUCUCAUUAGAUGCUUUGAAAUGAGGCUUAAAAUGAUUUCUGGGCAAUAUAGAGUUUCUUGUUUGGCUUAGAAUGUCAUAAAUAUAUGUGAACACGUUUAAUGCAGGGCUUUGUAUCCUCUCCAAAAUGUCAACAGUAUUUUCAGAAUAAAGACUAUGAAAUAUAUUGCUGUAGUGAAAAAUUCUGGUCCUUUGUCUUUAAUGUCUUUUCGAGUGGAUAAAGGAAAUUCACCCAGUUUGUAGUUUCUAUAUUUCCGUGAAUCUUUUGACCUUGCAAUGGGUUGCAAUAAAAGAGAAACAAAAUA